CCAGACGCAUGCACACACACCACAUGAGCAGGAGUGAGAGUGAGCCACACAUCACACACGCUACACCGGCCGGGAUCAUCGAAAUGGCGACCGGCGUCGGCAACGGCAGUGGCCCAUCGACGAACGACGCGCUCCAGUCGAUCCUCGCCGCCGCGCGCCCGUUCCUCCGGGGCGACCUCGCGGCCGUCGACCCCGAGCUCCCCUCGCUCGUCUCCGUCCUCGUGUCCGCCGGCGCCGGCGAGUGCUACCACAAGCACGGCACCUUCCUCGCGCACCUGCUCGACGUCUACCGCAUCCUCCGCCUCUGGGGCGCGCCCGACGCCGUCGCCCGUUGCGGCCUCUUCCACUCCUCCUACUCCAACUCCUACGUCAACCUCGCCAUCUUCGAGCCCGACGUCAGCCGCGCCCGCGUCCGCGCCAUCGUCGGCGCCGCCGCCGAGCGGCUCGUGCACAUCUUCUGCAUCGUCCCGCGCCACGCGCUCAUGCACGACGACCUCCACCUCCGCUACACCGACGCCGAGCUCCGCGACCACCUCGCCGCCGCCGAGGCGUCCCUCCAGGCCGCGCGCUCCGGCGGGGCCAGGCCGGAGGACAAGGCGGAGCCGUGGCGCGCGAAGCUGCGGUCCGUGGUGCCGGAGGAGGGCGUGGUGGUGCCGCACAUCCGGACGGGGGAGCCGGUCGGGCUGUCGCGGCGCGUGCUGGCGGUGUUCGUGCUGAUGACCGUCGCCGACUUCAGCGACCAGUACACGGACUACCAGGACAAGCUGUUCCACAACGACGACGGCCGCCUCGAGUUCGCGGGCGACAACUGGGCCGCGCUCUGGCCGGGCACCGGCAAGCCGGGGCUGUGGGUGAGCGCCAUGUCCAGGCUCGCCGCGCUGUACCGCCUCAUCGCCACCGACGAGCAGCUCCGCCACAUGGAAGAAGGGUCGACGAAGACGACGGCGGACGAGCAGGACGCGGGCCUGGAGCUUCGCAUCCCGCCCGUGUUCGACCGGUGCAGCAAGGUGCUGGACCCCGGCGAGCAGAUCGCGGCGAGGGACCUGUACUGGGAGGCGAUCUGCAGCGACGGCAAGGAGGGCGCGGAGUCGCUGCUGCGGCGGUGCAUCGCGAAGAACCCGUACGUGGGGGAGCCGUGGCUGGUGCUGGCUCAGGUGCUGCUCAACGGCGGAGGGAGGUGGGAGGAGGCGGAGGCGGCGGCGGCGGAGGGGCUGAGGCUGGUGCUGGAGUGGGGCAGCAGCUGGGACAAGAGGAUGUCGUGGGAGGGGUGGGUGUCGUGGGGGAGGGUGAUGAGGGACAAGGCCAAGGAGAAACAAUGGCCGCGCUCUGCCUGGGGCAUCAUCAACCUCGGACUCGUCAAGCACAUCCACGACGACUAGCUGCCGUCAUUUAUAACUCGCUCAGCUGUGGUGCUUACUUAGCGCGAGUCUGUCUUCAUUGGCUGUGUGAUGGUGUGGUAUUUGAGUAUGUGGCCUAUGUUUGUGUCAUUGUGUGUUCAUUAGCGUGAUGGUGUGGUAUCUGUGUAUGUGACCUAUGUUUGCUGGUAUGGUUGGUUAAUGAAUAAAUCUUUACCUAUUAA